AUGUCUGCGGUGCGGCAUCGGCCGAUGGCACCGCCAGCCCCGGGCGGGGAGCACGGCGAUAGCGAUGACAACUUCACCGACGACGAGAGUACGCCACUGACACACGAUAUUUAUGGCGGCAGCCAACGCACCAUACAGGAAACAAAAGGCUGGGAUGUAUUCCGAGAUCCACCCAUUAAAAUUGAAACUGGCUCGACAGCCAACCAGGAGUGUUUAGAAUUAACUAUCAAGAUCUUGAAGAUCUUUGCCUAUAUAUUUACGUUUAUUAUAGUUUUAACCGGUGGGGUCAUAGCCAAAGGCUGUGUGCUAUUCAUGACGUCACAAAUACGUAAAGAUAGAAAAAUUGAAUAUUGUAAUAAGGAUUUGGGUCGCGACAAAACAUUUGUGGUUAGCCUGCCCGAGGAGGAGCGCAUAGCCUGGAUUUGGGCAUUGAUGAUUGCGUAUGCGCUGCCCGAGAUCGGUUCACUUAUACGAUCGGCGCGUAUCUGUUUCUUCAAGACUUUCAAGGUGCCCAAGAAGGGUCACUUUCUGUUUGUGUGGCUCAUGGAGACCUUCAGCGCUCUGGGCACUGCCCUGCUAAUGUUUGUAGUGUUGCCGCAAAUCGAUGCCAUACAGGGCGCUAUGCUGACCAAUUGUUUGUGUGUGGUGCCGGGCAUCUUUGGGCUGUUUUCGCGCACCGCGAAGGAGGGCAAGCGUUUUGUGAAAGCCAUCAUCGAUAUGGCAGCGAUUGCUGCUCAAAUAACAGGUCUGGUUAUUUGGCCACUGCUGGAGAAUCGACGGGAAUUGUGGGUUAUACCCGUAGCCUGCGUCAUGAUUUCCUGCGGCUGGUGGGAGAACUAUGUCUCAGCGCAGUCGCCAGUGGGCCUGAUACGCGCCUUGGGACGCAUCAAGGAGGAGAUGAAAUAUACACGUUACUUCUCACAUAUGUUCAUUUCGAUUUGGAAGAUCCUGUUGUUCUUCUGCCUAACGCUACUCAUCUAUUGGGCGCAGGGCGACGAGCCCGGUAACUUAUUCAGCAUGUAUGGCGAUGCCUUUGGACCGCACAAGAUUAUUGUGUAUGAGCUGCCACCGGGUCUAGGGGGCGUCCUUCCAGAUACCCUGGAGGCGGCCAACAUCGACACCGUGGAUGUGGACGCAGCCCAUAGCUCGGUAAUUUAUGUGUUGUUGCUGCAGAUCUUUGGCGCCUAUUUGUGCUAUAUUUUUGGAAAGUUUGCCUGCAAGAUUCUCAUACAGGGCUUCAGCUAUGCCUUCCCUGUUAGUCUAACAGUGCCGAUUUCCGUCUCCCUGCUAAUUACCGCCUGCGGCAUACGUAUUGAUGAUCCAUGCUUCUUCCACGACAGUAUACCGGACUAUCUGUUCUUUACAAGUCCCUCGAACUUUAGAUUCCAUAAUUUUGUCACUGAGCAAAUGGCCUGGGCCUGGCUGCUAUGGCUGUUGAGUCAGACUUGGAUUGCAUUGCAUAUUUGGAUGCCGAAAUGCGAACGUUUGGCCACCACAGAGAAAUUGUUUGUGCGCCCCAUGUACUCGGCGCUUCUGAUUGAUCAGUCGAUGGCCCUGAAUAGAAGACGUGACGAUCAGGCGGAUGUAAAAACCGAAGACCUCUCGGAAAUUGAGAAAGAAAAGGGUGAUGAGUAUUAUGAAACAAUAUCGGUGCACACCGACCGAUCCACAGCACCCCACAAACCCUCAAUCAAGUCUUCCGAUAAUAUAACACGCAUCUUUUCCUGCGCAACCAUGUGGCAUGAAACUAAAGACGAAAUGAUUGAGUUCUUGAAAAGUAUUAUGCGCAUGGACGAGGAUCAGUGUGCCAGACGAGUGGCUCAAAAGUAUCUGCGAGUUCUCGAUCCCGACUACUACGAGUUCGAGACCCACAUCUUCUUCGACGACGCCUUUGAAAUAUCGGAUCACAGCGACGACGAUAUUCAAUGCAAUCGCUUUGUUAAGUUACUGAUUGCCACCAUGGAUGAGGCCGCCUCUGAGAUACAUCAGACCACUAUUCGUUUGCGACCACCUAAAAAAUAUCCCACACCUUAUGGCGGUCGCUUGGUUUGGACACUGCCCGGCAAAACAAAAUUCAUUACCCAUCUGAAGGACAAGGAUCGCAUUCGUCAUCGCAAGCGUUGGUCUCAGGUCAUGUAUAUGUACUAUUUGCUCGGACAUCGAUUAAUGGAGCUGCCAAUUUCGGUGGAUCGCAAGGAUGCCAUAGCAGAGAACACAUAUUUACUUACCCUGGAUGGAGAUAUUGAUUUCAAGCCCAAUGCUGUCACACUGCUGGUCGAUUUGAUGAAGAAGAACAAGAAUUUGGGCGCUGCCUGUGGACGCAUUCAUCCCGUAGGCUCCGGUCCCAUGGUAUGGUAUCAACUGUUCGAAUACGCAAUUGGCCAUUGGCUGCAAAAAGCCACCGAGCACAUGAUCGGUUGCGUACUCUGUAGUCCCGGAUGCUUCUCACUCUUCCGUGGUAAAGCGCUAAUGGACGACAAUGUGAUGAAGAAGUAUACGACACGUUCAGACGAGGCACGGCACUAUGUCCAGUACGAUCAGGGUGAAGAUCGUUGGCUCUGUACGCUGCUACUUCAGCGUGGCUAUCGUGUGGAGUAUUCGGCCGCGUCGGAUGCUUACACCCAUUGUCCAGAGGGCUUCAACGAGUUCUAUAAUCAGCGACGUCGCUGGGUGCCUUCGACCAUUGCGAAUAUUAUGGAUCUGCUGGGCGAUGCGAAACGUACAAUCAAGAUCAACGAUAAUAUUUCACUGCUCUACAUCUUCUAUCAGAUGAUGUUGAUGGGUGGCACUAUUCUGGGACCGGGCACUAUAUUUCUUAUGUUGGUGGGCGCUUUUGUGGCCGCCUUCCGCAUCGACAACUGGACCUCCUUCCACUACAACAUUGUACCGAUAUUGGCCUUUAUGUUUGUUUGUUUCACCUGCAAAUCAAAUAUACAGCUAUUCGUGGCGCAAGUCCUCUCGACGGCAUAUGCACUGAUCAUGAUGGCUGUCAUUGUGGGUACGGCCUUGCAGCUGGGCGAGGACGGCAUCGGGUCGCCAUCGGCGAUCUUCUUAAUAUCCAUGACGGGCUCAUUCUUUAUAGCCGCAUGUUUGCAUCCACAGGAGUUCUGGUGUAUAACAUGCGGCUUAAUUUAUUUGCUGUCGAUCCCAUCUAUGUACUUGCUGCUCAUUCUUUACUCGAUUAUAAACUUGAAUGUGGUCUCGUGGGGAACACGCGAAGUGGUGGCCAAGAAAACGAAAAAGGAGCUCGAGGCGGAGAAAAAAGCAGCGGAGGAGGCGAAGAAACAUGUGAAGCAGAAGAGCAUGUUGGGUUUCCUGCAGGGCAACAUUGGAGACAAUGCGGACGAGGAAGGUUCUGUGGAGUUCUCACUGGCCGGUCUCUUCCGAUGCAUUUUUUGCACGCAUGGCAAGACCACAGACGAGAAGCAACAACUCAAUACCAUUGCCGAAUCUUUGGACACCAUUAAACAGCGCAUAGAUAGCAUAGAGAGCGCUGUGGAUCCCCAUGGGCAUCAUACACGUCAUGGACGUCGUCGUACCACAUCCAGCGGCUCUAAGGAUCACCACUUGCUGAGCUCUGUGGCCGAGAAGUCGGGUGAUGAGUCCGAUGAAUCCGAUUCAGAUACGUCCGCUGAGCCCAAGCAGGAGCGUGACUUCCUAACCAACCCCUAUUGGAUAGAGGAUCCCGAUGUACGCAAGGGUGAAGUCGACUUUUUGUCAAGCUCCGAAAUACAGUUCUGGAAGGACCUCAUAGACAAGUAUUUGUAUCCCAUCGAUAAUGAUCCCGUCGAACAGGCACGUAUAGCUAAAGAUCUCAAAGAACUGCGCGACUCCUCGGUGUUCGCUUUUUUCAUGCUCAAUGCACUGUUCGUCUUAAUUGUGUUCCUUUUGCAAUUGAACAAGGAUAACUUGCACGUGAAGUGGCCAUUUGGUGUGCGCACGAACAUAACCUAUGAUGAAACCACCCAAGAGGUGCACAUCUCCAAGGAAUAUCUUCAAUUGGAACCUAUAGGUCUUGUGUUUGUCUUCUUCUUUGCCCUAAUUUUGGUCAUACAAUUUACGGCUAUGUUAUUCCAUCGUUUCGGCACCCUCUCCCACAUUCUGGCCUCAACUGAGCUGAAUUUCUGUAAGAAAAAAUCCGAAGAUCUAACGCAGGAUCAGUUAAUAGAUAAGCACGCUGUGGAAAUCGUAAAAAAUUUGCAACGUUUGCAAGGCAUUGAUGGAGAUUAUGAUAAUGAUUCGGGCUCUGGUCCCGAUCGCAUAGCACGACGCAAGACUAUACAGAACUUGGAGAAGGCGCGACAACCUCGACGACAAAUUGGAACCUUGGAUGUGGCAUUUAAGAAACGCUUCCUCAAACUAACGGCAGAUGCAGAAAAUAAUCCAGCUACGCCCAUUUUAACGCGUCGCCUAACCAUGCGUGCCGAGACCAUUCGAGCUCUGGAGGUGCGAAAGAAUUCUGUUAUGGCGGAACGCCGAAAGUCGACGAUGCAAACGUUGGGGGCUAAGAACGAAUAUGGCAUAACAACAUCGGCUGUGCUGAACAACAAUGGAGCGUUGCCCAAUCAUCGAAGUGGACGCGUUUCCAAUGCCGGCAUUAGCAUCAAGGAUGUAUUCAAUGUCAAUGGUGGACCCGUCGAGCAAAUUUAUGGGUCCAAUGGUGGUGGUACCAUUAAUCAGGGUUACGAGCAUGUGCUCGACGAAGACGGCGAUAGAAACUCUUUGCGUUUGACCACACGCAAUCCGCAUCCUCAAGUAUCCUGGAGUCAAAACACUAGCAGUAGUAAUACGGGACGUUUGUAA